AUGCCUUUUACCUCUGAUCCAGAUGCAGACCCAAACCAGACUUGUCCACACGUGGUUCUGCGGAAAAGGGCGGAUUACAUUGGAAUUGAGAAUACCCCCAUUGCCAUCUUCCUGAUCAAUGCGUCUAUCUGUUUGGACUGUAAUCUGGUGUUGCAAGUCAUUGAAGCUGUCAAGCCGGGUUGGGUAAAUAAGAACGCGUAUCUCGAGGACGACUGGUUUACUAUACCCGAAGGAAGGGAGGAUGCUGACUUGGACCAACCUACAACCUUCCACUUUCUCAAACGUGCUGCCACUGCACGUUACGAAGCGCAGUUCUUCGAUUGGCAAGCGGGCAAGAGCCUCGAAUAUACGGGGAAAUUUCUCGCUCAGUCUCAUGAAGUGACGCCUGAUUCAGGCUCACCAGCAGCUUUUGAACGAGCCCGUCACUGGUUGUCAUACUGUGACGAGCAUGACGAAGCUUGUAAGCCCCCGAACCCUGAUUACAAACCGCGGCGUCUUAUCAAUGUCGGCUCGUCGAAUGGCACACACGAGCCAUUCCUUUUCGAACCUGUCGAGCCAGUACGCUACGCAUGCCUUAGCUACUGCUGGGGAAAGGAUCUCCACCAAGUCUUGACUACAACGACCCAUAACCUGGAGUCGCAUUACCAAGCUAUUGAACUCUCCACGUUACCACUCGCCCUUCAAGAUGCCAUUACUGUCUGCCGAAGCCUUGAGAUACCUAAUUUAUGGGUCGACUCUCUGUGCAUCGUCCAAGAUGAUCGUAUUUCCUGGUUACACGAUGCAUCUGCAAUGCAAGAUAUGAAUCUCAACUCGUACCUUACCAUCUCAGUCAUGGAACCCAACUCAUGCAAAAUGGGAUUCCUCGGCAAACAGCGCUUCGACCGAUCAUCUCUCGACACAAGAGGAUGGUGCCUACAAGAAUCCGUCCUACCGAACCGCAGACUCUGCUACGAUGGCAACGAAAUGAUCUGGGAGUGCCUCUGUCGCCAGCUCUGUGAAUGCGGACACGCAGUGGCACCCCAAGUACCAAGACACACGACGCUCGAUUACGGCAAGCUCGGGGCUUCCAUCAAAACCGAAAUCCUGAAGACGAAAGUCCGAUCCGAGAGACAAGGAUAUCCGGAGUGGCAUCGGUCUUCGCUGGGCUCACGGUUAUGGCUUGAGCCUCACCAGGCACCGUACCAGAGAUGGAGAGAUCUUGUCUCGGAUUAUUCCCACCGGUCACUCAGCAAAAGGCAUGAUCGGUUGCGGGCUAUUUCCGGACUUGCAAAAAUGGCGGGAAAUCAUAUGCGGCAAGAGCUCGAAGCAGCGGAUGAGUAUCUGGCUGGUCUCUGGAGGAAAGAGCUUCCUUUUGAUCUGACAUGGGAGGUUGAGCCCCUAAGUGAAGGGGCGGAGGUACCAGAGACAUCUGUGGGAAGACCUGUCACCUAUCGAUUUGACCUUCCUUUGGAGAUAUGGAAAUAUGAACCCGUGGCAGUUGAUCAGUGCAUUGUUGAGCGACUUCACUGUCAACAUGAGCUACUGGAGGACCCUAUGAGUGCUGUUACAGACGGUUCUAUUGUAAAGAGCGCUUUUGCGCAAGUGAAGCUCAUAUGCCCCGAACCAACACAUGAAACCGCUGGAGGAAAUCACCAAGGUCCCAUCAUCGAUGAAGAAGAAAUUCGACGAGAUACCUUUGUGCGGUGCUCGAAUGGAGACAUGGUAGGUGUGACUCUGGACCAGCCAGAGGUGAACAAUCCAGACGAAUCAUGUUACUGCCUCCGAUUAUUUUCUUGGGUGUCUGAACGGAAUCAGAGGAUGGGCCCGGAAACAUGGUUCCUCAUAUCAGUGCCAUCGACGCGCAAACCAGGCGCUUUUGAGAGAAGGGGUGUUGGUCUGUGGGAUAGAUUGCUAGCAGGUACGGAUAGCAGGUUGUGUCCUAUCUUUGAAGGAGGUGAAACUGCUACGGUGGAGAUUGUUUAG